AUGGACAGCCUCUUCGUAGAGGAGGUGGCCGCCUCCCUGGUGAGGGAGUUCCUCAGCAGAAAGGGUUUAAAGAAAACGUGUGUGAUCAUGGACCAGGAACGCCCACGUUCUGAUCUUAGCAUAAACAGCAGAAAUGAUCUUCGCAAGGUUUUGCAUCUUGAAUUUCUCUACAAGGAGAACAAGGCAAAAGAAAAUCCUCUAAAAACAAGCCUUGAACUCAUUACCAGAUACUUUUUGGAUCACUUUGGAAGCAACGCUAACAAUUUCACUCAAGAAACACCAAUCCCUGCACUCUCGGUUCCGAAGAAAAAUAACAAAUUGCCGUUGAGAUGCUCAGAGACCACACUUGUAAAUAUAUACGACCUUUCAGAUGAAGAUGCAGGAUGGAGAACAUCAUUGUCAGAAACAGGCAAAGUCAGACAUGACAAUCUUGAUGGAGAUGUACUUGGUAAUUUUGUAUCCUCUAAAAGACUCCCACACAAAAGUAAGCCCAUGCAGACUGUCCCAGGUGAAAGCUCCUCCUUGACUCCUGCAUGGGAGAAGAUGGAAAAUCUCAAAUUGUCAGAGUCUUCUGUGGACGUGAAGAAGAUGGGAGAGAAGACCAGGUCAAAGUCUGGCCUGAUUGUCCGAGGCAUGAUGGCUGGACCCAUCGCCAGUUCCUCACAGGAUUCUCUCCGCAAACGUUCCCUGAGGCGGUCCCCGUCCUUGAGCGGCAUGACCCAGCCCCUAGAGGAAGAGAGUCAGAAGGUACCCGAGCUUUCCACCCACUCUCCUGCCUGUCCAGGCCCCCAGGAAACCUCGAGCACCAGCUCCAUAUCCAGGAGCCCCCUGGGUCAGCUCAGCGAACUGAUCAUAGACAAGCAGAAAACCACUGCUAGCAGCCCUCCCCACCUGCCAAGCAAAGGGCUGCCUCAGCGGGAGAGGGGCAAGGCGAGAGACAUUUUUGAGGGCAGCCCAGCACGAGAAGGCAGCACAGAGGUGGACAGGACACCCUUGAAGCUCUACUUGCCUGGUGGGAAUUCCAGGACAACUCAGGAGAGGCUGGAAAGAGCAUUCAAACGGCAGGGCAACCAGCCCCUGCCCCUCAGGAAAAAUCAGUUGCCGGUGUCUGACAAGGCUGAUGAUGAGUCAGGUGUCCUGCAGCUUGAGGAUGUGGAGGAUGAAUUGCUAAGGGAAGAAGUCAUCCUGCCCCCAGCACCAUCAAUGUUCAAACUGCAAACGGUGUCAAAACCAAUCAACCUUUUAGUAGCAAAGGAACUAAAGACCCUUCUGUUUGGUUCAAGCUUUUGCUGUUUCAAUGAAGAAUGGAAACUUCAGAGUUUUUCCUUUAAUGACACUGCUUCUUUAAAAUAUGGCAUUGUGCAGAACAAGGGUGGUCCCUGUGGGGUUCUGGCGGCAGUCCAAGGCUAUGUCCUAAAAAGGCUCCUGUUUGAAGGAGAUAGCAGAGCUGAUUCUACUCGGCAGUUGCAGCCUUCAAAUACCCACAGGACCCACUGCCUGGCCAUGGCCAUUGCGGACAUUCUGUGGCAGGCUGGGGGCCAAGAGAGAUCUGUUGUCACAUUGGCUUCAGGGACGCAGCAGUUCACUCCAACAGGGAAAUACAAAGCAGAUGGAGUCUUAGAAACACUCAUGCUGCACAGUCUGACAUCCUAUGAGGAGCUGGAGAUGUUUCUUCAGCAAAGCAUUCAUCAGUUUGAGGCAGGACCUUAUGGAUGCAUCCUGCUCACCCUGUCUGCCAUCCUGUCCAGGUCUACAGAGCUAGUUCACCAGGACUUUGAUGUCCCUACCAGCCAUCUGAUUGGUGCACAUGGAUAUUGCACACAGGAACUUGUCAAUCUGCUCCUGACCGGGAAAGCUGUGUCCAAUGUUUUCAACGAUGUAGUUGAGCUGGAUUCUGGGAAUGGGAACAUCACACUUCUCAAAGGCAUUGCUGCACGCAGUGAUGUGGGCUUCUUAUCUCUCUUUGAGCACUACAACGUGUGCCAGGUUGGCUGCUUCCUGAAGACCCCAAGGUUCCCCAUCUGGGUGGUGUGCAGCGAGAGUCACUUCAGCGUCCUUUUUAGCCUGCAGCAGGAGCUCCUGAGGGACUGGAGGACUGAGCGUCACUUUGACCUGUAUUACUAUGACGGCCUGGCCAACCAGCCAGACCAGAUCCGGCUGACCAUUGAUACUACACAGACCAUUCCUGAAGACAGAGACAAUGAUCUUGUCCCACCUCUCGAGCUUUGCAUCAGGACCAAGUGA